CAGCUUUUGACUCUUUUACAGUUCGGUUUGGUUCCAGAACAGGGUACUUGUCUUUCGCUCCUCCUCUCUCUCCUUCCUUCUCUUCCUCUGCAACCAACCAUGUGGAUCACCUUUGUGACAAUGGCCACGGCGAUGGUGUGUUUGAUGGGUGUCCAUGGAGACGUGCAGCCUCAGAGAGACUUCGACCUGCAGAGGUUUGCAGGGAAGUGGUUCCGUGUGGGCCUGGCGUAUGACUCCCCAGGGUUUACUGCCCUAUACAGAGACAAGCUGAGAGUGUCCAUGGGCAUCCUGAAUCCACAGACCAACGGCAACGUCAACCUCACCAUGUGGACCCAGAGAUCAUCAGGUUGCCGCAGUAAGCUUUACACGUAUGAGAAGACAGCGAUACCUGGCGCCUUCACCUAUUUCAGCACCCGCCAUAACAAAGUAAAGGACAUCACAGUAGUGGAGACCAACUAUAAUGAAUAUGCACUGGUCCUGAAGCACAAGAAGAUGGACAGAGAGUACACACAGGUGGCCCUCUAUGGCCGUUCUCAGAAGGUAAAGCCUGAAGUGAUUCAGAAAUUUCGAGACUUUGCCACAUCUCAUGGAUUUCCCAAGGACGCCAUUCUGACCCCACCACCUGCAGGUAGUAGCCUAAAGAACUGCCCUCCUUCUGGACGCUAGGUUUUGUUCUUGUGCUCUCCGUCAGAUCCGAGCAACAUGGUGAUUACUCAUUGGUUUGCUUCGCCGCACCGGUUUCCCAGCACUUAUUAGACAUUUGUCUCUCCAUCGGAGCACAGCAUCGGGAUUGGUUUCACCUUUACACCACACCGUUUCACAGGGCAACAGCAGAACCUCAACACGCUUUACCUCACAAGGGUGAAAUAGUAUAACGACUAAUGCCAGAUGCGCUUUUAGACAGUCCGUCUUAUUUUAUUACCAACUGUCCGUCUCUGAUGUCUGUCCGUCUCUUGUCCCCUCAGUACAACGGACUGUUAAAUUCGUUUUUCCUUUCUGAAUCCGAUAAACAAGGGACAUCAUUGUCUUGUAUAACACUGCUAUGGCUGAAUAAAUGCUAGUGUUCCUCUGCCUAUGGUGCUA